AUGUUCUAUCGCAAAACAUUUCGCCUAGAAUUUUGGUUGUCCCCCAUCCUCAACACGGGUUUAUACUUGUCAAGAGCCUGUAUUCCUUUAUCAAUAAAUGUCUCAAGAUUCGGAUACAUAGAAUAUGGAAAUGGUAUUUGUGUUGGUGUUGAAACUUCGUGCAAGGAACGUAGUACGAAGUAUAUAACUAACUGUGUACAAAAUCUUGGAUUAUUAUUGGUCAUUGGAUGUGCAAUGUCAUCAUGC